AAUUUUGUGCAUUGCAAAUGGCGACUUCUUGUUAUUGUUCAUGGCGUUUUAUGACUUGUCCCUUUAUACUGCCGAUUAUGACAAGUUUUUUAGUGACUAUCAAAACAAAGUGUGUAUUGUGUAUGGAUUAACUAUUUUACAUUCAAUUAAUUGGAUAACACAAGUGUCAAAGUGUCGUGUUAACAGACAAACGUAAGGAUUAAUAAUAAACGGAUGAAGAACGAGUUAGCAAUACCCCGCAAUCCCAAAGUGUCGAUGUGUUAGUUUGUGUAUGUGUGUGUGUAUUAAGAGCAAAAAAAAGAAAAAAAAUUUAUAAAAAAUUGAAAUAUAAUUAUUUAUCAAAAUAUAAAACAAAAAACAAAAAUGAAAUGGGAGAACGAAUAAUUUGAGAGUAUAGCCUGUGGAGUUUGGGACUGUCGGCUUGGGACCAGUGGACAGAUAUUCCAUCAGGGAAAACAAUUAAAUUUAUACCCUGUGACGUCCCCAGGCUCCCCGGGUAGUUAUGUGAUCAAUGAUUGUCAUGGCGGCAGAUAGUGAUGGUGAUCUUAUUGAGACGGUGGUAACCUGUGAAGGUGAUUUAGGUGAUCCAGAAUUUCCACACAAGUUCAAGGUCAUUGUUGAUCGUUUAAAAUAUUUACUAUCAAAAGAAAAAGGUGAAGGAUUAAAAGUAAACAAAGUAGAACCAUGGAAUUCAGUGCGAGUGACAUUUUCAAUACCUCGAGAAGCUGCAUUAAGAUUAAGAGAAUUGGCAAGCGAAGGUUCACCAACACUCACACAACUUGGUAUUUUAUCAGUUCAAGUAGAAGGAGAUCAGGUGAUAUCAUUAAGAAUCGCUGGUCGAUUUGGCGGUGAAGCACAAGAAAUUGUACUUCAUACUGGGCCCACACAAGAGGGUCAAAAAUCAACACGUGAUACAUCAAAUGGUGCAUCAUCAAGUGAUAAUAGUGAUACAAUAGGUCUUGGUAAUCCAGGACCAAGUAAUCCUCUUAAUAGUAUAAUAAAUUCAUCAUUAACAUCACAAUUAUCAACGUCAUCAGAUCAAACAAAUGAUAAAAAUCCGCAAUUUCGUUCACCAAAUGUGGUUGCUCCAACAGACUGUGAUCCAAUACCUUCAUUUUUAACAAAACAAAUUCAACCACAAACAAAUACUUCUGGUAUAUCAAUAAAUCAACAAUCAACAAAUGCAAGAUUUCCAUUUACAAGUAUGGCACAUGCUGCCCAAACAAUUCAUAGUAGAGAAACACAAUCAAGUACUGCUAAAAAUACAGGACAAUUUAAACAUACACAACCACCACCGCCUUAUCCAAGUACAGAAACAUCACAAUCAAUAUUAUCAUCAUCAUCAUCAUCAUCAUCAACAACAACUACAACGACAGCAGCAACAACAAUACAACAAUAUAAAACAUCAAACAAUAUAUCAAUGCCAUCAACAAGCACACCAGUUGGUAAUCAAGUUGCAUUAUCAAGUCCAUUACUUGUUAAUUUAUUACAAAAUGAUGGUGGUAAUACACAUCAAAAUGUAUCUGGCCAAAAAAUGCAACCACCAUCAAUUGUUGAUAAUAAUAUAUUAAAUCGUAUUAAACCAACUAAAAAACCUAAUGCAAGAAGGAAAGAUACAUUAAAUUCAAUUGAUUCACCACCAAAUUUAGAUGCAAUACGUACUGAAGAUUUAAUUGGUGGUACAACAAUACAAUCAGCAUUUGCAACUGUUAAUGUUAAUCAACCUUCAACACUUCCACAAGGAAAUUCACAAGUUCAACAAGUACAAAAAUUCCCAGUUAGAAAUGAAAUAUCAUAUAGACCAAGAGAAUUAUCUGUACAAAAUCAAAGGACGCCAAUAAAUGGACAAACACAAAUUAGAACACAAAAUCAACGUCAACAAAUUUUAAUUCAACAACAGCAACCACAACAGCAGCAGCAACAACAACAACAACAACAGCAACAGCAACAACAAAUAUUAACAUUACAAACGCAAAAUGUUUCACAAUCAAGUUCACAAAUUGUUACAAAUAAUCCUAGUAAUACACAAACAAUUGCAACAACAUUAACUGUUGCACAACAAAGAUUAGGAUAUUUAAAUAAUCAAAGAACUUCAACACCACCGCCUUAUCCUCGACAAGGAACAUCACAAAAUACCCAAUUACCACAACAACAGCAACAGCAGCAGCAAUACCAGCAACAACAACAGCAGCAGCAACAACAACAACAACAACAGCAACAACAAUCACCUACAUUAAAUGUGCAACAACAACUUCAUCAUAAUCAAGUGAAAAAUAUAAAUGUUAAUACAAGCCAGAGUAAUGACUUUCGAUAUGGUCAAAGUCAGAAUAUGCUGAGUAGAAAUUAUCAAGGUUCAUCAACAAGUGCAAAUGGGACCAACUGGAAUCCAAAUAGCAGUAGUAGUAGUAGUAGUAAUAGUAGUAAUAGUUGUAGUAAUAACAGCAGCAGUAGUAGUUCUAUUCCACAAAAAAUGCCCAGUCAAUCCCUUCCAGGUGCCUUUCAACGUACUAAUAAUAAUAUUUUAACAACAAAUACAAUAUCAACAACAACAAUGACAGCAACAACAACAACAACAACAGCAACAUCAUCAUCAUCUUCAUCAACAACAACAAUUGAUAAUAAUUUAUUAUUAUCAAAUAGUUUAUCGAAAAAUGAUAAAACAAUACAAGAUAUUAAAAAAGAAGAAGAAGAAAAACGUGAACCUGAAUAUACAUCAAGAGGUAAAGUGCGUCAAUUUUUAAUAAAUCCAUUGACAGGACAUUUAGAACCAAUGCCAAGUGAAAGUUCUGAUUCAGAGCCAGAAAGUGCUGUUGAUAAUCAGGAUGAUUUUUUUUCAUUUCCCUCGCCGUCCAAUGAUCGAUCAAACUCAAUAUUCUCAGACGAUGAUGCCGACAGUAAUAUCUCAAGGCGUAAUGACACAACAAAUACCGAUCAAUCAGAUUCGGAAACAACAGGAAAAUCGACGGGCAGCGAGGGAAGCUUAAAGCAUAGAAAUAUUAAAACAUCAAGAGAUAGUCCAAUGCCUGGUGAAAAAAUUAAAUUACGUUUAAAAUUAGAAAAAUCAGAGCCAAUACCAUCAGCAUACAAAGUUGAUGUUUCAUUUGUAAAUACACCACAAAUUAGAAAAGCUGAUAAAACAAUUAAUAAAAUUUUUACACAACAAAUUAGUGGUAGUGGUGGUGUUACUGCAGGUAUUGGUGGUACUGGUGCUAGUAGUGGUUUUGUUGGUGGUAAUAGUGAUGGUGGUAAUAAUAAUAAUAGUAAUAUUGGUGGUGGUAAUUGUAGUGCAAGUGGUAUUACAACAACUGGUAUGACAACAAUUGGUGGUAAUAAUAGUGGUGGUGGUGGUAGUGGUGGUGAUGAACCAAGAGUACCACCACUUCAUAUAUCAUUAAGAGGUAGAAAUGCAUCAGUUGUACAUAUUAGAAAAAAAGAAAAGAAAAAUAUAAGAGAUGAUGAUGUUAAUCCAGCAAAUCCGGGAAAUAUAAAAAGACGUGGAAAAUUGAAAAAAAUAAAAGAAAUAACUGAUGGUAAUAAAUUAUUACAAAAGAAAACAAUUAAUAUGAUUGUUGCUAGUUCAACAACAAGUAAAAAUUUACUUGUUAAUUCAAUUGUUAAUAGUGCAAGUGGUGGUGGUGGUGGUAACAGUAAUAGUAGUAGUAGUUCUAGUAGUUCUAGUAGUAGCAGCAGCAGUAGCAGUAGUAGUUCUAGUAGCAGUAGUAGCAGUAGUAGUAGUUCUAGUAGUAGUAGUAGCAGCAGUGGUAGUAAUAGUGGAAAAAUUCAUAAUUCAACCCAAGGAAUUGUGAGUAAAUCAAAUGCCUUAAAACAAGAAAAUACAGUGGUAGAUGGAACAAGAUUAGGUAUUGUAAUGAAACCAUCAUCAAGUAAACCAAGUGAUGUUGAUGAUAUUCCAUUGAAUAGUAGAAUACCUUCGCCUUUAAAACAACAAAAGUCUGGAACAAUAUCACAGAUACCAAAUAGCCAAGUAGUAACAUCUUUAAUACAAAAACAACCACCAGUUGAGACUGAAAUACAAAAUCAUAUAAACGAGCAUAAAAUUGGUGGAGGUAAAACGAAAAGAAGAGAUUCAAAAAAGAAAUCAGAAUCAGGUGAAGGUAUGCAUCGUGAACAAAAUUUAUUGUCUGGUGGUAGAAUUUUAGACAAUCAAAUUAAAUGGAGAAAGUUGGGUUAUAAAGGUGAACCAGUUCAACCAAUUAAAAAAUCCGAAUCACAUUCAAAUGAUUCAAGUAUAUUAAAUAAAAAAGUUGAAGUACGUCGUACAAGUGAUAGUGAUAUUGGUAAAUCAACAACAUUAGAAAAAUCUAAUACAAUAAAUACAUCAACAUCAUCGUCAUCAUCAUCAUUACGUGUUACCGAAGUAAAUGGUGUACGUAAAGAUAUAUUAAAUCAAGAAAAACGUCGUAGAUUGAGUUUAGUAGAUGAAAAAGAUUUUCACUCAACAGAAUCUCAAAAUACAGAUACAACAACACUACAACAAUCAACAACUGGUAUAACAAUAAAUUCAAAUACUUGUGAUAAUGAAAAUACAACAACAACAACACCACCAAUAACAACAAUUAAAAAAUCAUUAUCAUUAGUUAAUCAAAUAUCUGUUAAAACUGAUAAUAAAUUAACAAUUCAAAAUAUAAAUGAAUUAUCAUCAAAAAAUAUACAAAUAAUAAAUAAAUUAAUUCCAAUUAAAACUAAAAUUGAUAAUGAUGGAAAAACAACAAUAAUAACAACAACAAAAGCUCAAGUUUUGCAAAAAAUUAAAAAUAAUAAUUUGCCUAAGACUGAAAUUUUAAAACAUAAAAUUGAUAAUUCAAGCCAUAAUAAAAAAAUUGUACAAAAUCAUGAUAUUAAAACAGUAGUUGAUAGAACAACAAAUAUAACAACAAAAAAUGAACAAAAAACCGAUAAUAAUAUGUUAAAAACAUCAGUACAAAAUUUACCAAUAUCAAGUUCAAUUGAUAGUAAUAAAAAAACACGUGUAGAUACAUUAAUUUCAAAUAAAGAUUGUAAUUUAACGAGUGAUGAAAAAAGUGAAAAUAUAAGUGAUAUUGUUGGUGUAAAACAUACAUGUGUUAAAUUAAUUGAAACAAUUGGAAUUGAUUCAACAAGUGAUUCGAGAGUUAGUAAUAGUAAUGUUGGUAAUGGUGGUAAAGACUCUGGUGGUGGUGAAGACUCUGGUAUUGAGUCAAUGGACGCUUUAAGUGAAAAAUCACCAAAUCAAGGUGAAUCACCACUUCAUAGACCAAUUACUGAAUCUGUUGGUCAAACUUCUGCUAAUAAAAUUAUAACACAAAUUGAUUUACCAUUACAAAACACAAGUAACAAGAACAACGUGCCUUCUACGACAAGUGAUAUGUGUUCAAAUGUUAAUUCGGAAAUUUUAAAACCCGGUGAUUAUGAUUCAAAAAUAUUGUGUCCAGUUACUAAUUUUCUUGAUACAAAUAAAAGUCAUGAAGAAAAAAGUCCAGAGCCAAAGUGCAAAACCAGUGAACCAGUAUCAUCAGAUGUUACAGAAAAAAUUGACAAUGAAAAUUUAAAUCAAUCAAUUUUAAAAGAAAGCAUUAUAACUCCUUCAGAUGAAUUAAUAAUUCCUGAUAAUAUAGAUGCGACGAUAGUGACUGAAAGUGUCAUUUGUGAUAGAAAAUUAUUAGAUAUGAGUUAUAAAGAAACUGAUGAUAAUGUUGUAAAUAAAACAAAUAAAUCUUUACUACAAAAUGAAAUCGAAAAACAAAUAGAGCCCGUAAAAUCUCAGCAGCCAUUGACAGAAAUAAAAACAGAUAAAAAUUAUGAAAUUAAAGAAAAAGAAGUCAUUAAAAAUGAUGAUACUUUAACAACGUCAAUAAUUGAUGACAAUAAAAAAACGAUUGAACCACCUGAAAAAUUGCCCGAAGUAAUAAAACUCGAGGCCAAAGAAUUGGAAAAUAAAGAAUCAUUUUUAUUAUCAUCAUCAUCAUCAACGUCAUUAUCAUCAUCAUUAUUAUCUGCUUCUCCUCUACCGCCUUGUUUACCUUCUUCUUCGUCUCCUCCUCCUCUACUGCCUCUUUCUUCUUCUUCUUCUGUAUCUCAUGCUGCAGAUAUUACAGAUGAUAAUAAUAAACAAAAAGCUAAUAAUCAUCUUCCUGAAAUAAUUGAUGAAGAAAAAGAAUCUAAAAUAAUUGAUGCAAUAGAAAAAAAAGUUGAAAUUGAAAUACAAGCUAAAGCUGAAGUUCCUAUUCAAUUAAAAAUUGAAAAAGAAACUACACCACCAUCAUUAAACAAUGAUAAUAUUAAAAAUGAAAUAAAGACUGAAGUAACUCCAAAUGAUACGAGGCAAAUUUCAGAUAAUUUGACAAAUGAAAAAAAAACAGAAAUUAUAAAAAUUGAGUCAACAUCAGUUGUGGAAGAAAAAGAAUUAGUCAAACCAUCAUUAACAACGGUGAAAAAAAUUGUUGAGCCUGUUACUUUAUCAACAAUAAAUGAAACAUCUGAACAAUUGUCAGUAACGAAAAAAGAAUUGCCCAAACCAAUAUCAACAACUGUAAAAGAUAAUGUUAAAUCAUCACCAAUAGCUACAACAAAAGAAAUAGUAAAAACUUCAACAAUUGUGAAAAAAGAAUCAGAUGAAAAUUCAUCACCAAUUGUAACUGAAACUGUUGAACAAAAACCAACAAUUGUUAAAGAAGUUAUUAAACCAACAUCACCAAUAAUAGAAAAAAUUGAUACAACUGCUGUAGAAAAAAUUGUUGAAACAACUAAACUACCAUUAAAUGAAACAAUAAAACCAUUAACAACAAUAAUUAAAGAAGAAAUUAAACCAGUAAUAACAACAAACGUAGUUGUUGAAAAAUCAUCAUCAGUAGAAGAAAAAAUUAAACCAACAUUAAUAGUAGCAAUGAAUAUUGUAGAUGAAAAAAUUAAAACAAAAGAACCAACAAUAAAAACUGAAGAACGAUUAGUAAAAAAACUAGAUAAAAUUAUAAAAACAGAAGAUACAAUAACAAUAAUAAAUGUUGAUGAUACAGAUAAAAAAAAUACAAAAAUUGGAAUAAAACGUGAAUUAAAAAAUGAUGAAUUAAAUAAAAAAUCAACAAUUAUUGAAAAAAAAGAAAAAGAAACAGAUAUAAUAAGUGUUCCAUCACCUAUUCCUGAUGAUCCACAACCAAUUAGAAUAACACCACCAUUAUAUACAUAUUCAAAUCCAGUUGUAUUAAAUCGUGAUGAUACACCAAGUCCAGCUGCUCAAAAUAUUGACAUUGAAAUAACUGAAGUUGAUAAUAUAAAACGUAAAAGAAGAAGAAAACAAGAACUUGAAGGACGUCAUGAUAUUUGUCUUGAUGAUAAUGAUGAUUCACAUUUUGUUGAAAGAUUAAAUCCAAUAAAUUCUGAUGAAUAUGUUAAAAGAUCACAAAAAUCAUUAUUAGAACAGUUAUUAAUUGAAAUACCAAAUGAUAAUAUUGAAAAAAGAUCAUUACGAACGAGAUCACAAAGAUUAAAUAGUCCUGAUAUUAAAACACCAAAAUGUAGUCCACAUGGUACUGCAAGUUGUAAAAUUAAUGAAGAAAGACGUAGUAUAUCACCAUUUGCUAAAGCAAGUCCAAAACUUGGUAUGCCAAAAUUAUCACCAAAUACAACUGGUACAACUGUAUUAAAAAUUGGUAAAAGAAAAAGACAAGAAAGUGAGAGUUCAAUUGCAUCAAGUACUGCUGAUGAUACACAAUCACGACCAGGAAAAAGAAAAUGUUCUGAAAAUGCUGCUGAACUUAUUAAGGCUUGUAUGGGUGUUGAAGAAGGAAGUCAUAUGAAAAAACAUAUUGGUAGUAAAGAAGAGCAAACAAAAAAAACUUAUAAUAUUUUGACCAAAGCAAAAAAAGUACCAGGUCCACUUUUGGUUGAUUUUGAAUCAUCAGAUGAUGAACCUGUCAUUGAUAUAUCAUCAAAAAAUAAAAUGAGACUAACAGAAGAAACAACAGCAGCUUCAUCACCAAAACUCAAAGAUCAAAAAGCUUCAUUGAGUACACCUGUGACAGGAAGUCAAUUAAACUCUAGCAAUGUAUCAAAUUUUAAUGUUUCAAAUCGAGUCCAUAGAGAGGGAAGAUUAUUAACAACAAAACAACCAGGUAAUGUUAAUGCAUUAUCAAUUGUUAAAGAAAGAUUACGUGGUACAUCAGUGUCAAGUAAUGAAUCAGUUGGUGAAGUUACAACAAGAAGAUCAGUUAGACAAAGUACUGUUUCACCAUUAGCAACACCAGCAAGCAAUACAAGAGGUGCAUCUAGAUCAAUGGAAGAUGUCAAUAGAAGAAAAACACGAAGUGGUGCUGUGACAGCAGAGACAGCUGAACAGGCGAAACGAAGACGAAUAUCACGAGAAAAUAAAUGACCUUCGGGAAGCGACCUUGACAGUGAUUAGCUACCGUCGCAGGUCAAGGCCAAAUACUUAUGGUUUUUAUGUCAAAUCUCGAUGGUUCAUUGAAUUGCCAUGUGGCUGGACCCCACCUGGUAAAUAUCCGUAUGUGUUUAGAAAAAAAAGAAAAUAAUUAUUUUUAAAAAACCCUUGACCUUAAAGAAACAAUUAAAAUUUAAAGAAAAUUCAAACAAAGUUAUAGUAUCCAAAAAUUAUAUAAAUAAUAAACAAAUGAAAUUACGCACAAGUUAAUAUUCAUUUGAAAAAAAAAAACAAAUUAAGACUAUGAAGAAAAAGAAAUGUAAAAAUAAUAAAUAAAAAAUAUAUAUUUAUAUUUAAUUAGAUUUGAAAUAUAAUCAUUAAAUAUAUUUUUUUUUAAUUUUAUUUUCUUUUUCUUUCAUAUUAAUCUUAAUUACGUGACUCAAGUUCAACUAAAAAAGAAAAAAAAAAAUAAAAUAAUGCAAAAAUUGUAUUUUUCAUUUAAUUUAAUUUAUUUGUUUUUUUUUUUUCUUUUUUCAAUACUCUGAGAAAAUACAUAUGAAACGUGGCAAUAAAAUUAAAAAAUUAAAUUUAAAAAAAUAUAAAAUUAUAAAUCAGAUGAAAAUAAAAAUAAUUAUGGCCGUGCAACUACUUGAUUGCAUGAUAGAUUUUUUUUUAUUUGUAUAAAAAAAUUAGUAAUUAAAAUGAAAGUGAGCAUGACUGUCUAAGUAACUGUCAAAAAAAAUAGAUUUUUAAAAAUUGAUUAAAAAAAAAAAACAAUCAUGAUGACUGGUGAUCUAUUGAAGAUUGCUACCGAAAGAUUUUGUCCGUUUUAUCACAAAUGUCUAUUUAUUUCUAUCUGUUUUUUUGUUUAUACCAAUUUGUAGUAUAUUUGUUUAUCCAUCUAAUCGUAUAUUUAUAUAGAUAGAUAUAUACUUUUGUUGUUAAAUAAUAUUGAAAAUAAAUUUUUGUUUUUUCUUUUUUCCUCAUAAUAUAUUAUAUUCUAAAAAGUGACUGUUAUUUAAAAAAAUAUUCUUGUGCGUAAAUAUUUUUCUGUCAAUAAUUAUUAACUAAUAAUGUCAUAAGUUUUGCAAUUAACUCAACAAAAUCUUUCGUCUCGAUGCUUUAAAUGUGGAAAAAAGCAAAGAUAAAUAAAAAAAUGUCUGUCGGGUUUAGGGUUAUAAUUUAUAUAAAAAAAAAAAAAAAAAACUAAUAAUGUUUUAUUCUAUUUAUAUUGAAGAAAAAAUAAAAUUAAUUAAAAAAUUUUUGACAUCAAAAAAUUGUGCAUAAAUAUACAAAUGAUAUAAAAAAAAAAAAAAAAAAAUUAAAAACAAAAUGAAUACAAUGUUAAUUUGAUAAGUAAUAUAUGAAUAAAUAUAUUUUGUAAAUAAUUUCUUGUAAAGAUUAAAUAAGCACUUCUUAUUGUACAUAUAAAAUGAAAAAAAAAAAAAAGAAAAAAAAAAACACAUGUGUUUAAAUUUUUAUUAAACUGAAAAAAGGAUAAAAAAAAAUAUUUUUUUUUUUCUAGUGCUUAGUUCAAAAAGAAAAUUCAUUGUGCAACUUUACUGUCAUUUUCAUUUAGUUUUUUCAUUCUUCAUUGUAUUCGUAAAAUUAUCUUUAUUGUCAUCUUCCUCUCUAGCACACAUCAAAUUUAAAAAUAAAUAAAAAUAUAAUUAUAUACAACAAGAAUCUAGUUUUGUAUUGUGUAUAAAAAAAGAAAUUUAAAAAAACAAAAAAAAAAAUCAUUAACAUUGUAAAUUAUACAUUAUAAAAGAAUUGUUCUUAACUAUCGGCUAUAGCCAUCCAAAAAAAAAAAUAUUAAUUCGUUUGAUAUUUGCGUUUUUAUAAAAUGCUCAACAACAAACAAUUCAAAGAAAAGCAAUCGUUAAUUUAAGAAAAUAUUUAGUUGAUUUCACAUAUCCGUGUUUUUUUUUUCUUCAUCACAAUAUAAAAUUGUUAAUUGAUUUUUUACACGAGAAAUUUGAUUAAUCAAUUUCAGGCACUGACGGGCAAAAACAAAAAUAUGA